AUGUCAAUCGGAAAUCGGAAUAAACUUUUUUUGAGAUUAAUUAUUGCUGACCUCACUCUAUCAAAUUUAAGAGUAGUUGGCCCGAAGUGUAGCUAAUAAAUUUACUAAUAAUUUAUAUUAGAUUAUACAAAAAUAACUUAUUGUAAAAAUAAAACAGUAACAAGUGUUUGGUUUCCUUUAGUUUCUCAGGAGAGUAAAAAUUUUUUCAUUGGUUUUAUACCCUAUUUAAUUACACGAUAAAAAAAUAUAUAAAUAUACUUACAUUAUCACUAAGAAUUUGUGUAAAUUGUGCAAGUGAUAAAUAUAUCCAUGGCGGGAUAUUUCGAAGAAAUGGGGUGGCGGGAACUGCAGGACGGUGAGCAACCUAACCAUUUGCUGCAUAUGGCGAGAUUCCUUUUAGACUUUGGAUUCCACGGAGAAAAUGCCAACGGAGAAUGGCCUAAGUUGCCACCACCAGCAUCUAGAGAAGCUGUUGGCCAGAUACCCGAAGUAACAAUUGACUCCAAUGAUAAGAGUUGUCCGAUAUGCUUAAAGAAAUUCCAAGUUGGAGACAAAGGAAAACAAAUGCCUUGCCAUCAUAUCUUUCACACAACAUGUAUAUUGACUUGGUUGGAGCGAACAAAUUCCUGCCCAUUUUGUAGGUAUGAAUUACCAACUGAUAAUGAAGGUUAUGAAGCUUUCAAAAAAGAAAAAAGCGUGCUGAACAACGGAAAGAAGAAAUAGAGAUACUUCAUAAUUCUAUGUUCAGUUAAAUGUAUAUUUCUUAUAUCAUGUAUAGUUAUGGUAUUUAUGUUCAUUCCAAUUAUGAAUGUUAACUCUGGAGUCUGGAUACUUUCAUGUGGUCAUUUCUUAAGGUGGUAGCUCAAGGUCCAUUUUCAUACAUUUUGUUUCGGCUUUAAUCUGGGUAACUUAACAAGUAUAUUUA